CAAGCUCAGUCUCUCUUUCCCCCUUCCACUGUCCUUCCUUUCCCUUCCCGGUGUCCUCUUCUCUUCUCCCGUCCUGGAGUCCCCGGACAGGGGCUGAGGGCCGGGCAAUGGAGGUAAGGGGAAGGACCGAAGUCGGGGGACUGGGUGUGCCCUGGUACCAAGUGUCCUGGCAGAGGGAUGUGAAGAGAGGACAUCUAUGGGCUGUAGGGCUGGGGGCUCCAAGGACCUUUGGGUGUGUGGGGGUUGGAGGAGGAGGGUGGAGGGGUGGCGGGCGAAGUUAUUGAUCCCAGCAUCCCUGGUUCUGCCCACAGUGACCGCAGCUCCCCAGGAGCCCCCUGCCCGGCCUCCCCAGGCGGGCAGCGGAAUUGGCCGGGCCCCGGGGCGCGCCAUGCGCAGCACCACCCUACUGGCCCUGCUGGCGCUGGUCCUGCUCUACCUGGUAUCCGGUGCCCUGGUGUUCCAGGCCCUGGAGCAGCCCCACGAGCAGCAGGCCCAGAGGGAGCUGGGGGAGGUCCGAGAGAAGUUCCUGAGGGCCCAUCCAUGUGUGAGCGACCAGGACCUGGGGCUCUUCAUCAAGGAUGUGGCUGAUGCCCUGGGAGGGGGUGCGGACCCUGACAUCAACUCAACCAGUAACAGCAACCACUCAGCCUGGGACCUGGGCAGCGCCUUCUUUUUCUCAGGCACCAUCAUCACCACCAUCGGCUAUGGCAACGCGGCCCUGCGCACAGAUGCCGGGCGCCUCUUCUGCAUCUUUUAUGCGCUGGUGGGGAUCCCGCUGUUCGGGAUCCUGUUGGCAGGGGUCGGGGACCGGCUGGGCUCCUCUCUGCGCCGCGGCAUCGGUCACAUCGAAGCCAUCUUCCUGAAGUGGCAUGUGCCACCGGGGCUGGUGCGAAUACUAUCGGCGGUGCUCUUCCUGCUGAUCGGCUGCCUGCUCUUUGUCCUCACGCCCACGUUCGUGUUCUGCUACGUGGAGGGCUGGAGCAAGCUGGAGGCCAUCUACUUCGUCGUAGUGACGCUCACCACGGUGGGCUUCGGGGACUAUGUGGCCGGCGCCAGCCCCAACCAGGGCAAUGCAGCCUACCAGCCGCUGGUGUGGUUCUGGAUCCUGCUCGGCCUGGCCUACUUCGCCUCAGUACUCACCACCAUCGGGAACUGGCUGCGAGUAGUGUCCCGCCGCACUCGGGCAGAGAUGGGCGGCCUCACGGCGCAGGCCGCCAGCUGGACCGGCACGGUGACGGCGCGGGUGACCCAGCGAGUCGGGCCCACGGCACCACCGCCGCUGGAGAAGGAUCGGCCACUCCUGCCUCCGCCGCCGUGUCCUGCGCAGCCCGCCGGCAGGCCCCCGUCCCCGCUCCCCGUGAAGGCCGAGCCGCCCUCCCCGUCCUCCCCGUCCACCCCGCCCACAGCCUCCGCGCUGGAUUACCCCAGCGAGAACCUGGCCUUCAUCGACGAGUCCUCCGACACGCAGAGCGAGCGCGGCUGCGCGCUUCCCCGCGCGCCGCGGGGUCGCCGCCGGCCCCCUAACCCUCCCCGGAAGCCCGCGCGGCCGCGGGGCCCCGGGCGCCCGCGGGAAAAAGGCGUGCCGGUGUAGGGGCGGGACCCCGGGCCCGGGCCUCUCAAAGGGCUUCGUUCUUGCGCUCUCCCCGGCAUGCUCUGCUUGUUUGACCAAAGAGGCCUCUCUCGACCGGACCGAGGCCUGCGGAGGAGGCUACGGGUUGCCACCCCCACUCCUGGCCCUCUCCUCACUUCAUCCAUUUGCAGACCCCCCCCCCAAGGCUUUCUGUCUCGCUGUCCCAGCUGGGCCCGUCCCUCACUACACCUCACGACUGUGCCUCAAAAGCCUGCAUCAAUAAACGGAAACAGUUUGCACCGCUGCGGGCGUGCGCGCUCCGGG